AUGGAGGAGGAGGUGGGGCUGGAGCUUGCGAUGGAGGAGGACACCAGCAAGUGGUUUCCGCGCAGCAACUCGGCGCGAGAGGUGCGGGACAGGCUCGUGGCAUUCGCCCUCGACAAGGGAGUCGACCUGCAGUACAACCAGCGCAUCACUCGCCUGCAACGAGAGAGCAGUUCUGGCAUGUGGUACUGCGAAAGCGAAGGCGGAGAGCAGUACCGUGCGCCCCGCGUGGUGGUGGCCAUGGGCGGAAAGAGCUUCCCCGCCGUGGGCACCGACGGCAAGGGGUACCAGCUCGCACAGGAGCUCGGCCACACGAUUCGCCCCGUCUAUCCCGCCCUCACCCCGCUCACCGGCCCCCACCCUGGCGGAAACCAGCUCGCCGGGGUCUCCUUGAACGUGGGCGUCACAGCAGAAGCCGGUCCAUCGGGCCAGCUGCGCACUGAUGCCCACCGCACAGGCUUUCUAUUCACGCACAGGGGCUACAGUGGGCCAUCGAUCCUCGACCUCUCGCACCACGCGGUGAUCGAUAUCGAGGGACUGCGCGAAGCGGCCGACGGUACGAGAACGACUGCGAUCACGGUCAACUGGUGCGACAUGUCCGAGGAGUCGUGGCGCGGCCUCUUCCUCUCGGCGCUGGCCAAGGGCGGGAGUGCCACUCGGCUCGUGAGCAACAUGCUGGGCGAACGGAUGCCGCACAGGCUGGCCCUCGCUCUGUGCGAGGAAGCGGGCGUGGCCCACCAGCGGAUGGCCGAUCUCACCAAGGACAAGCGAGAGCAGCUGAUUGGCCUGUUGACACAAUACCGCUUGCCCUAUACCGGGCACCAGGGCUACAAGAAGGCCGAGGUAACGGGUGGUGGCGUCAGCCUCGAGGAGGUGAAGUGGGAGACCCUCGAGAGCGGCAUCGAAGCCAACAGGGGCCUCUUCUUUUGCGGCGAAGUGCUGGACUGCUUCGGUCGGAUCGGCGGCUUCAAUUUCUACUGGGCCUGGGUAACGGGCAGACUGGCGGGCAUGAGUGCGGCGAGUGCACGCCUCUCCAGCCCCAGCUCUUGA